UUAGUCAUACCAGCUAAUGUUUAAUAAUUAAAUAAACUAGUUUAAAUUAUAUUUAAAAACAAAUGUGUAUCUGGUAUUGUAUUAAAUAACAGUUAAUGAAAAGAAAUAUUUGCGAAUAAACCAUUUCAAUUACCAAAGCAACGAAAGCAAAAUACAAAAUAAAAGAGUUGAGCAGCGAACCUAUUUACGUGAAAGUGAAUACAAAUUGACUUGUUACCUUACCUUGAACCAUAACUUGUUUCUUAUAUUGUUUUUGUGUGAACACCCCAAUGAAUUGUUGUUCUUCUUAUAGAAAAUGACUUGGCCGAGUUCGAAUUUUGUUUAUUGUUGUAUACUCGUUGCGGUCAUUCUGGUAGUUCACCAAGUCCAAAUAUGCAUUUCCGUUUAUCAGGAAGAACCGAAAUACAAAUGUCCAGAGAGGGCACAAUUAAUCUACCCAUGUAAUUGCGAGAAAGGUUCGGAUAAUGGAAUAUCUGUAAGAUGCGAAAAUGUUAAUCUCGCAACGCUCUCUGUGGCUCUUCAAAACCUAGGAGCUCUAAAUACCCUUGUACUUGAUCUGACGAUUUACAAAGGAAACAUUGCUCGUUUGUAUGGUCCACUUUUCUCCAAAAUAAGGGCUCAACGAUUGAUUCUUAACGAAGUCUCAAUAAAGACAAUUGAAGAGCAUACAUUUCAUGGAAUAAAUAAGACCUUAGAAGAGCUCCAUAUAAUCAACAGCAAAAUUGAAAUAUUUCCUGCGGAAGCACUUGGGAUUCUUAGUAAACUGACAACACUCAAUAUCCACGGACAUAACAUUGAAACAUUGAAUAAAGAUAUUUUUUUGGGAAAAGAAGUGGCAAAUCGUCUCGAAGUCGUUCGUAUUACUAAUGGAUCAUUAAAGGAACUUCAAAUAGAAUCACUUCAGCCCCUGCGAAAACUAAAAACACUGGAUCUCAAUGGUAAUCGAUUGCAAGUUCUAAAAAAAAAUCAGUUUAAAAAUCUAAGGGAUGUUGAGAACCUGGAUAUAAGUUUUAACAAUAUAACGAAAUUGGAAGCACAACAUAUCGCGGAUCUGACGAAACUUGGAUGGUGCAAUGCUUCAAAUAAUGCAAUUGCAGACCUACCACGUGGAACUUUUGCCAGAAAUUCUGUUCUUAAGGUUUUAAAUCUUUCAUUUAACAAGAUUCAGCGUUUGGAUGCUAAUAGCUUUAGAGGAAUGCGUUUCUUAAGGCGAUUGUAUUUAAAUGAUAACCAACUAUCUGAUAUUGGAAGAGGAACAUUUGGAUCUAUAACUCGAAUUGGAACGAUUGAUAUAGCUAGAAACUUGUUGAAGAAAAUUGAAUUUCAAAUGUUUUCCCAGCUGAAUUAUGUUGAGAUAUUAGACAUUGCGGAAAACAACAUUACAAUAGUUGAAAAACAUUCAUUUAAAGAUAUUUAUCAAUGUAAAAUAAAUAUAUCACACAAUGCAAUUGAGAAAAUCGAACCAUUGGCAUUUGAAAACUGUGUUAAUAUAACUGUUUUGGAUUUAUCUUAUAACAAUUUGACUGAAUUUGUCAAAGGAACAUUCGAUGAAACAACUUAUCCAACUGAAUUUCAACUUUCUCAUAAUUUUUUCACUGAUUUAUCAAAUGUACCACUGCAAAAUAUGAGUGGUUUGAAAAUAUUGAAUGUUUCCUACAACAAUAUUGAAAUUAUUCCAAAAAAUACUUUCCCGAAGCUAUACGAAUUGCAUACAAUUGAUGUUGCACAUAACAAUAUUACCUCAAUCGCAAAUGGAGUCUUUCAAAUGUUAUUUUCGUUGAGGAGUUUAAAUAUUAGUCACAACAGUUUGGAUGAAAUAAAAACUUCGGUAUUUGGCACAAUGCCAACAGUCCUGGAAUUGGAUCUUAGCCAUAACAAAUUAACUUCAAUCGUACGUGGCGCCCUAGCAAAACUUACAAGUCUUCGACAACUUAAUCUAGAGAACAAUAUGUUGGAAAAACUUUUUCAAAUACCAAUUUCCUUAAAUGAACUUCACUUGGCUAAUAAUAAUUUGAAAUCAAUUCCUCCUGGUACAUGGCCAGUAAUGAAUUCUCUUCUCUAUCUUGAUUUAGCCGGAAAUAAUUUGAGUGAUUCGCUGGAAGGAGACAAUUUUAAAGGACUAUUGGUUUUACAAACAUUGAUCUUGAAUAAGAACAAUAUAACCUCUCCACCAAAACAAAGUUUAACUGAUAUGUCAACACUGCAAUAUUUGCAUUUAGAGGAUAAUAAUAUAACGAAAUUGGAAAAGAGCGCUUUUGGAAAGUUACCUGUUCUGUUUCACUUGAACUUGCAUAAGAAUAAUAUUGAUGAAUUAAGCAAACGUUCUUUUGAUGGUCUCCUUCAACUCUUAUUACUGAAUCUCUCUUCAAACGCUUUGAGUACAAUUCCUACUGAAACAUUUGUAGGGCUUCCUUCACUUCGUGUUCUAGAUUUAGCAAACAAUAACUUGAAAAAAUUUGACAACAAAACCAACGGAGUAUUUGAUGAUUUAAUAAGUUUGGAAAAGCUUAACUUAAGUUAUAACAAAAUAAGUUUUGUAACAAAGAAAACGUUUCCUUCAAAUAAGUACAUUCCGUAUAAUUUAAGAGAUUUGGACUUGAGCUACAACUCGAUGCCGGUGUUAACAUAUGAUAUUACAUUUGGUACCAAAAAAUUGUUCAAACUCAACCUUUCACAUAAUCAUAUAAAUGAGAUUAGAAAAGGUGUUCUAGGAAAUUUAACAUCUUUGAGAUCAUUAGAUUUGUCAUACAACAGCUUGACGGAUUUAGCAGAAAGCUUUUUAGAUCUGCCCGAAAAUUUGACUUCACUCAAUAUUCGAAACAAUGCAGUAUACAAGAUACCAUUUGAUAAAAUGCUGAUGAAACUUAAAUUGGAAAGUCUGGAUUUGCGUGAUAAUAAUUUGGACAAAAUACCAAUAAGCUUGCUUAUGGCAAUCAAAAAUGAAUCAGAAGUAUUCUUCAACGGAAAUCCUUUAUACUGCAAUUGUGCAGUUCGACCUUUUAAGCAUUAUCUUCUAUCACAAACAAAUGUAUCGGAAGAAUAUACAAACAUUACUUGUUCAACGCCAGCUCAUUUAUCUAAUCAACCAGUGAAUUUAAUCGCAGAUGAGAAUUUACAAUGUAAUUCAGAAGAUAAUUUGAUCUAUCAAGAUGAAAUGUUUGAUAUUUUACCAGACGUUCGUUUCCGAGAUGUAAGUGUGCAAGGAGACCAAGUUAUUGUAAAAUGGUUUGUUACUUCGAAUAAGGAUAUUUCGGAAUUUUCUGUCUAUAUACGGAAUAAGAAAAAUGAGAUAUUCUAUCAAAAAGAGUUUGGUUACAUGCAAAGGACAGCCAGCAUUUCAACUUUAAACAUUGAAAACGCAAUUAAAGAUGGAAGCACUGCCGAAAUAUGUAUUAUUUCAAAGGAGAGUAGCGGAGUUACUGGGCGAUGGUUUGAGUCGCAAUGCGUAAAUACGCCGAACGUAUCAAAAAAAUCGUUUCGUGGAAGCUUAUGGGCGCGCAGCAGUUCGUCUGGCAAAAGUCAUUUUAUUUUAUACUCAAACAUCGUUAUUUUGGUGAUAAUAAGUUAUUUUAUUUGAUAGCUUUGAACUACAUAUUUAAUAAUUGUUUUUAAAUUUUAUAUAUUAUGUACGUACAUUGUACAUUUUGUUAUGUCUAAAUUUGCAAUACAAAUAAAAAUUGUUUAAAUGUUGAUUCACAUCAAAAUUUAUAUGACAUGUAAUAUUGUUCAAUUUUGUUUUUAGUUUAUUUAAUUUGAAAUUUGAAUUUAACU